GUACUGUACUCUACCUCUGCUGCUGCUCGUUCGCAAGUAUGGAUUCCUGUUUUCUGAUCGUCGUGUUUGUCUUCGCUUUAAGUUUUUCCAAUGGAGAGAGAACACUCAAGUUUGUCACUGUGCUCUAUCGUCAUGGCGACAGAUCUCCAAUCAAGGCCUAUCCAACUGAUCCCUACAAGGAGAGUGACUGGCCCCAGGGUUUUGGACAGCUCUCUCAGGAGGGAAUGAAGCAGCACUAUGAACUAGGUCAGUUUUUAAAGAAACGCUACAGAGGAUUCCUGAGUGAGGACUAUGACCGGCAUGAGAUAUUCAUCAGAAGUACAGAUGUUGACCGGACUCUGAUGAGUGCAGAAGCUAACCUGGCUGGCCUGUUCCCACCUAACGGUUCUGAGGUGUUUAAUCCAGAUUUGAAAUGGCAGCCAAUACCUGUUCACACUGUCCCAGCGAAUGAAGAGAAGCUGCUCUCAUUCCCGCUAGAAGACUGUCCACGUUACACACAGCUCAUGAACGAGACUGAAAAAUCUGACAUUUUUCUCAACAUGACUGACACUUACAAGGCAUUUAUAGAAAUGGUGAGAAAUAAAACAGGACUGGAGACAGCCUCAAUUGAGUCUAUUUGGAGUGUUUAUGACACGUUGUUCUGUGAGGCAAAACAUGUGAAGUCACCUCCUGCCUGGGUGACUCCAGAUGUGAUGGAAACGCUGAAGGUGCUGAAGAACUUUGGUUUUCAGAUUAUGUUUGGAGUCUAUAAGAGAAAGGAGAAGUGCAGACUUCAAGGAGGCCUGCUGUUAGAUCAGAUCAUUAAGAAUCUCUCAACCGCUGCAGUUCCAGACUCUAAACAAAAAGUGAAGAUGGUGAUAUACUCAGCUCAUGACACCACAGUUGUAGCUCUGCAGGAAGCCCUGAAUGUCUUUAAUGGCCUGCAGCCGCCUUAUGCCUCGUGUCAUCUAAUUGAACUUCACCAGGAAGAGAACGGGUCGUUUUCAGUGGAGAUGUUUUAUCGCAAUGACAGCACUGUGUCCGAGCCGUACGCAGUGUCUUUACCGGGCUGUUCCCUGCGUUGCCCCCUACAGGACUUUGUGAACCUCACACUUGAAGUCAUACCACAAGACUGGAAUAAAGAUUGUCAGAUAAAGAAAGAAGCCACAGACACUGAGGUCAUCAUCGGGCUGGCUGUGUGUGGAUGUCUGCUCUUCUUGCUGGUACUACUGCUGUUUGUAGUGCUAUGCCGUCAAAAAGAGCCGAUGGCUAGCUAUAGUCAUGUCAUAAAUGAGAGCGACUCCUGACAAUCAUAUCAGCUCCUCCGCAAAGAGGAACUGUGGGACAGUGAAGAGGACCUAUGAGGACACAGCAGCAACUGAAACUCUAAGCCAACUGAAAAGAC